AUGGUUGUGACAUCGUUGACAGCGCUUUCUAUGGCCACUAUUGUGGGGUGUUAUCUUGUAUUUACAGGGAGUGGUGAAAGAUUUAAUUUUGGUGAGUUUUUGGAAACCACUUCUCCAUAUAUGUGGGCGAACUUGGGGAUUAUUUCAUGUAUUGGCUUCAGUGUUAUUGGGGCUGCUUGGGGGAUCUUCGUCACUGGUUCCUCCAUCAUUGGGGCUGGUGUCAAGGCUCCAAGAAUUACCACAAAGAAUCUUAUCUCCAUUAUUUUCUGUGAAGUUGUCGCUAUUUACGGUCUUAUCAUGGCAAUUGUCUACACUGCAAAAUUGACCAAUGCUUCAGCAGAAUCGCUUUAUAGUAAAGAUAACUUGUAUACUGGGUAUUCGUUAUUCUGGGGUGGCGUCACUGUUGGUUUGAGUAACUUGCUUUGUGGUAUUUGUGUUGGUAUCACUGGGUCCAACGCUGCGGUUGCCGAUGCGGCAGAUAGCUCAUUGUUUGUCAAGAUUUUGGUUAUCGAAAUUUUUGGUUCUGUGUUGGGAUUGUUUGGGUUAAUUGUUGGUUUGUUGAUGGGAGGUAAGGCUAAUGAAUUUAGCUGA